UAACAACUUACAGAUACUUAUUUGUUUUAAGGAUAUCAAAUAUAUAUUCCUACAUAAGUAAAUAUUUCAACGUUUGUUGUCGAACAUUAUGGCAAAUGCUGGACGCUUCAUUGAUCGGAAUGAGAGUAUACGCGCUGCUGGUGUUGCCUCCAUCCUUGAUAGUGACAAUACCACCAGAUUGUGCCUCACCAUUUCCCAUAGAGAAGAAAUUGCGGAGCACUUAAUUCGCACCGAAUGCAAGCGUAAGCAAUUGGAGAAUAUAGACAAGCUCUUACCGUCUUCGCCCUGUUUACCCGAUGUCAGUGUCCCCGCGCUGUUGGCCGUGGAGAGCUCCAAAUCGCGUUUCGCUGUAUUCAUGGAGAAAACCUCCGAGGACAUGUAUCUGAAACAGCCCAAGCUAGGGCAGGUAAAACAGACCCACUCCAAACCAGACUCGGUAACCAAUCUAAGCCAAACUUUUGGAAAGCAAACACCACCGUUCGACCGAUUAUACGAUAUUAUAUUGCCCCCUAAGACAGUAGAGCAAGUGAAUCGGGAACAUGGGGACUUUCAUGAGAAAUAUAUUGUCAGCCACAGUCAUUAUUUUCCCGCCGAGCAAAUUAAUCGCAAAUAUGACGCACCCUACGCUCGUUUCAACACAUAUGGUUCCAAGCCACAGGGAGAUGUAAGCGGGCAUUUGGUGAAGCGUUGCAUGCAACAAUGCGCGGAUCACGUAAUAAUUAUCAGUAAGGAACAAAUGGACUUUAUAGAUCGCACCUAUGACCGUUUGGGCAAGAAGUACAAAAAGUAUCCGUAUAAUGUGCCACAACACGCGACUUACGGCAUCCCCACAUUUGUGCCAGACUGUGAUGGCAAAAUGCUUAUCGAGGAUAUUUCUCCUUGUGUGAGCAAUCGGGAACUUGUCGAGGCAUUGGGCCACCUUAACAUGUGGCGGCAUAAGCUGCAAAAGCGCGCCAACUUCCAAAUGUUCGAUCUGCAAUCAGUGCUGGAGAACAGCGAUAAGGAAGGUACUCGUCAUCUGCCACUAAGGAAGAUCUUUGAGAUCAUGCACAAGAUGCACCUAUACAUUGACGUAGAGAAGGCAAGGCGAUUCCUCGCACACUUCCAAAUGAUCGUCGAUGAGGGUUGUCCCACGGAGCGUCUUAACUACGAUAAAUUUUGCCGAUUGCUGGCAAUACAAUAUCCAUUGCCAACUAUGGGCAACAUUUCCACAUCUCCCUCUAACGUUUAUAAUAAGGACACGAUCUAUCGACUCUUUUGUGCCGAUCUCAAUAAAGAGCCUAUACAAGCACCAGUGGCACACAAGUUGCGCCCAAAGCAACUAGACGAUGAUAACACUCAUGUCAAGGACCUGCUGCAGCCAGACACAUCGGUGCUUUAUGGUGUGACCCCAAGCGACUUUGAGUGCUUACGUCCCAAAGAGCAUUUGGAGCUCAUAUUCAAAGACAUUAUUAGUCCAGCCGACUUUGAAACAAUUUGGAAACAGCUUAUGGACACCCACAGCGAUCAAAACGGUUUCAUUUCUGUGAUGCAGUUUCGUGAGGUAAUGGACAACUUGGAGUCUAACUCUUAAAAGCAACAAAUGGAUUUGCUGAAUACACACACAGUUCCAAUCGGAAAUUUUCUGUUAUACCUGAAUAUUUGAAUUUGUUUUUGCGAUUAAAUUGUAAGUACAUCUAGAGC